AUGUCAUCCCAAACCCCAGUUGAUCAGCAGCCACCCGCACCAAACAGUAGUGACCAUAAUGGCACUCAGCAACCACCUCCCACUCACCGUGAUGAAGAUAUGGGAGGUGCAGAAUAUCCUAGUCCGGAGAACCCCUUUGCAACAGCUACGGGAGUUGCUCAAAAUGGCAACCAGCUACCGCCUCCCACCCAUGAUGAAGGUAUGGGAGGUACAGAACAUCCUAGUCCGGAAAAUCCCUUUGCAACAGCUACGGGAGUUGCUCAAAAUGGCAACCAGCUACCGCCUCCCACCCAUGAUGAAGAUAUGGGAGGUACAGAACAUCCUAGUCCGGAAAAUCCCUUUGCAACAGCUACGGGAGUUGCUCAAAAUGGCAACCAGCUACCGCCUCCCACCCAUGAUGAAGGUAUGGGAGGUAUAGAUCAUCCUGCUCGGGUACAAAGUCCCGCCGUCAAGGUAGAGGAUGAUCGUGCAAUGGAUCGUUUCAUAGAUCAAAUGCGUGGGAAUACCGGCGUCGAACCUGGUCGAGCCACUACCGCAGCUCUAGAGUUUGGUCCUGCGCCAAUUAUAGAAAUCAUAGAUGAUGGGACAAGUUACGACCGCAUUGUCUUGGAACAAGACCCAGACCGUCCUGAGUUCGGAAAACUAGAAGCAAAAAUAUUGGGGAUGCUAAAAUUCCGUGGAUUCCUAUUUGUUAUCGCGCCAUCCUUAAAAUCAGUAAACCACCAGAGGGGAUUUCUUGUCAAAGGAUCUGACUAUGAGUCUGAACGUACUCGAUUUCAACAAAAGAACAUGGGUUAUCUGAUGACUGGCAAGAAAGAACACUUGAAAGGUUAUAAGUGGCAUGACUUGACUCUUAUUGUGUCGGGGGUAUGCGAGGAUAACAAAUACGCGUACUUGGUUGUGAGUCUUCCAGACAAGAAGGGAUAUUACGUGUUCUCCAAGUCAGUUCUUGAUGCAAAAUUCUCAAGGGCAAUUACGGAUGGCCUGUUCUACUUGCAGCGCUAUCUGGUCGGCCAAGGACCUGUGCCAAGGCAGCAAAGACAACAAGUCAUAAAAUUGCCAGACGAGAUAGGAAUACAAUAUGCCGCCAAUUUCUACAGAGGGUCUGGUGUGGUGCCGCCAUCUGGAGUUGGACUUUGA